UUUCUAAUUUUAUGACAGUUUGGUGGGACUGAGUCAGAUGGCAGCAAACGUAAAAGGCGCUGUUACACAGCUGACGGACGUAAUAUACGUGCUUCGUGUGUUGUCGAAUUAAAGUUAUAGGCGGAGAAAGAUUAGAUAGUGAUCCUGUCAGCCAGAUCCUGUCAGCCAGAGAUAUCUUGUAAUCGCGUUUCAUUUAAUCAACCAUUGCUUUAUCAUUAUUAGUACUGUAGGUAUUGUCACGCAAUCAAAAUGCCUAAUAUAACCAAUUUAUCUCAUCUUUCCUUGAAGGUCAUAUUCACAAUUCACCUGGUACUUGUAACAUGGGGAAUGCAGGGAAGAAGAGAUUGGUGUCCAAAAUCUAUAAUGUUCUACAAUUUGCUAUUUUUUAUUUGUAUACUGUGGGCUAUUCAUAAUACGGAAUCAGAUGAACCACUUCAAUUUGCUCUUUUCAUAAAUGUGUUUGCUAUAUUCUUUGAUGUGAUCACUUUAUCAGUUUACUAUCCAACAUAUGAUCCAUUUGAUACGUUCAGUGCAUCUUUUCUAAUCAUAAAUUUGAUUGCCCGUCCUAUCACGAGUAUAUAUCUGCUACGAAUAGGUCAAGGAAGAGGUGGUUCUUUAGCCACAGUAUUUGCACCGAGUCCUGCCAUGGGUUUUGGCCGGCAGGAUUAUGAGGAGAUAUCUCAUCCUGUUCCACAAAAUGCUGACUUUGAUGGAGUUUAAGAGUUGAUCCUGAAUAUGGCUGAUGAAGAGUAACGAUUCUAAAUAUGCAUCCGUAUAAUAUACAUCUCUGUAACAUAUUUUAAAUAGCGUUUCGUAAGAUUAUUUAUUAAUUAUAUGAACUUAAACAUUACAAUAUUACAUAUGAUAAAAUGAAAUUAUAUUUUUAUUGAUUAAUGUUAAAUAUCUAUAUUUUGGUUGAAGCGACCUAAUUUAUAUAUAUUUUCGUAUGUUACCUCGACAGAGUCACAUAUAUAUAUAUAAUAAUGUUACAAAGGCAUAAGCUACUUUAAUCAAAUAAGAAUGUUUGAAUCGUACUGCUUCAAUCGUCUAUUUAGUCAUUAGUUAAUUAACCGAGCCUUACGAUUCGAAUCUCAAGAAAGUUUUACGUAGCUCGAUAUAUGUGUACCUAACAUUUGUAAAAUAUUCAGAAUCUAUAUCUAUAUACAAGUAUGUUUCUAUAUUUGUGAAUAAAAUAUUUUCUAGUGA